UUCUAAAAUAUCACGAGUCGAUAACGUAGCAAAUAAUUCCGGUCUUCAUUCAUUUUUAUACCACACAAUAAUAAUGAUAAUUUACUCGCCUCUGAUUGGCUCAGAAUAAUUGAUUGUAAAAUUGGCCAAACUUGCUCCAAAGUGCUCCAAAGUGACAAGAGAGCGAUUAUUUUAUCUGUAUAAAUUAAUCAUCAACCACACACAAAAUUCAAACUAAUUAUAUUACAACACAAUACAUCGAAAAUUUAUAAUCAUAAUUUUGACAUUUUAUUAUACAAGUUAACAAUUAUAUGUAAAAAUACAUAAGAUUAUUUAAAUAAUAACUCGUUGAAAGUUAUGUCGAGACGUCAAUCAACAAGUAAACAAAGAAUACGAAAAAUUAAAAUUAAUUAUUUGCCUGAUAAUAUACAAGAAAUUGCUGAGGAAAUUGAAACAUUAAAAACUCAUAUUGAUAUACUUAAUGACGAUUGUCUUCCAGAAAUAUUUAUGAAUUCAACAAUGGAAGAUAGAUUACAAGAAAAACAUGGUGAUUGUACACAAAAAAAAAAUGCAUGUCAAAAUAAUUGGAAUGAUAUACAUGGUAUAGAUUUUACAUAUAAAUGUCCACAACAUUGUGAUAAUAAAAUAUUAUUAACUGAACUUGAAGAAAAAAAAACAUAUGAUGUUGAUCAUGCACUUAAACAAUGUGGUAAAUCAUUGGAAAAUUUAAAACUUGGUAAUAUACCAGAUGCUAGAAUAUUAAUGAUUAUUCACGAUUAUUGUCAUAAUUUAAUUAAAUUAGAUUUGGAUUUAAUAAAUUAUGAAGAAAAAUAUUUUGAAAAAUUUUUUGAAAAUAUGAAAAAUUUAAAACAUCUUGAAAUUAAAAAACCUGGUUAUUUUACGAAAAAUUUUGUUCAAGAAUUACACCUACUUCCAGCAACAAUGGAAGAAAUACAUUUAUAUUGUUCAAAAUCACCAGCAACUAAUUUCGAUUACAGCUGUACAGCAUCAGCUGAAACAUGGAAAAAUACAUUGAAAAAAUUUAAUUGUCUUCGUGCUUUAACACUGUAUAAUUAUACAAUUGAUGCUAAAAUAAUGAAAGGUAUAAUACAAAAAAAAACAAUAACAAAUUUAAAUUUAUCGUUAUCGAAAUUUGAACGUUGUAAUCAUAUGAUAACACGUCUUGUUAAUUUGGAAAAGCUAGAAUUUCAAUUUUCCGAUCAAGUUAAUGAUGCCUUGUUACGUUUAUUAUCAAGUGAAUGUAAAAAUUUAAAAUAUUUAAAUUUAACAUGGUGUCAAAAAGUAACAGAUAUUGGAAUAAAAGAUUUAUCAAAAUUGGAAAAACUUGAUGAAUUAAUUGUUUGUGGUAUAUCAAGUAAAGAUUUUACUGGUAAAACAAUUAAUCAAUUUAGUAAAUUAAAAAAAUUUGAUUGUCGUUGUUGUAAUCGGAUUGGUGAUAAUUCAAUAAUUUCAUUGUUAAGAAAUUCAACAUGUCUUGAAAAAUUAAAUGUCAGAUCAACAUCAAUAUCUGUUAGAACACUAAUAAGUGCUACAAGUAUUACAAAUAAUCGUAAAAAUAAUAUUGUCCUAACAUUACGUGUUGGUAGACGUGAUAAAUUUGAUUUUAAUGAUAAACAAUGGAUAUCACCAUUUUUAAAUAUUGAAUAUGAUGAAUAAUAUAUUUGUAUUUUAUAUUAUUUAAUUAAUCAAUAUGUUAAUUAACAUGAUCAAUUUGUAUUUGUAAAAAAAAUAAUUGAAAUACUUCAAUAAAAUCAUUGCAAAAUAAAA